AUGUCGCUUUCGGUACCUACCUGGUAAGCUUUAACCCUUUUUUGACGUCUAAGAAUAAUUCGGGAUCCGAUAUAGAUUAUUCACUGCUGAUUCAAGUAAUCGAGCUAUUACACAGUGCGCAUUAAUUACCCUGCUUACCUAGGUAUGCAAGUAAGCCCCGCUGGCUGUUGUAGAAUGAAGACAUAUUACUGGCACUAGACUUCAUACCUACUCGGGUUAAAGAGAUGGCGUGUUUUUUGGAAGCAUGACAUACGGAAUAACCAAUCAUUCGGGUUGGGAACGGCUAUUUGUGCUACCUCACAAGUGUCCUAUUCGUAUUAGGAUCCGAGUUAUGCUUAUCCCCCUGGGGCAACUUAUAGACAGCAAGUCUCGGAUCUAACCCUGAAACUAAGACUCUGUACCGGAAAUCCCGACAACUACGAGAACACUUUCUUCCACCAUUGACAGCGAAAAUAUGGCGUCCGCAAAGGAUUCUAGUGCCCCUAAAAGCUUGAUUAAGCGUUUAUCAGAUUUCCUGACACUCUUCUGGCUCCUCACAGAGUCUAACGCGGGAACCUUUGUGGGCCCCAACACAGUCUUCGGUAUCUGCGGUGCACUUUCCGGUUCUUUAUUAGUGACGAAGAGCGGCCCGAUAAUCGAUUUAGCGCUCGAAGCUUUACCGCGAUUACCUUUAGUUAUACUCUUCAACUGGUCCAACUUGAUUAUCUUCGAUCUCGCAAAUCAACGGCUACCUGAAUCUGCGCGUGAAGAUGCCCUCAACAAACCUUGGCGACCCGUACCACGCGGACUCAUCACAUCGGACCAAAUACGCCAUGCUAUGCUCUACAUGAUCCCAGCCGUUAUAGCGUUAAACCACUUCUACUUGAAAGUUGGUGUCGAAAGCUUAUGUAUUAUGAUUUUGACGUGGCUCUAUAACGACCUACGCGGUGGCGAUCAAGGUUUUAUUGAACGCAAUGCUAUCAUCGCGGUCGCAUUUGGGAUAUUCAACGUGGGGUCCGUUAAAGUCGCUAUCGGAACUCCGUUUGAUAUCACCUCCACGGGGGUUGUCUGGGCGGUUAUCGUGAGCGCCAUCAUAUUCACCACAAUGCAGGUGCAAGACCUUCAAGAUCAGGAAGGCGACCGAGCAAGAGGCCGUCGCUCUACGCCUCUAGUUCUUGGAGAUAGAGCUGCGCGCUGGACGGUUGCAGUGCCAACGAUUCUAUGGUCUUGCUUCGUCCAUUGGUACUGGGAAGCGGGGCUAUUAGCAGCGGCGCCGCAAGCGCUUUUGGGCCUCAUUGUUUCCGUUCGAUCAUUGAAUUAUUCUGGGUUGAAGGAAGAUAAGUUGACGUGGAGGCUAUGGUGUUUCUGGACGGCGUUGCUAUAUAUGCUGCCUGUUGCAUGUGCAAACUAUAACACGAUUUAGAAUGGGUGUAAUAUCGCUUAUUAGGCUGAACUCACGGCUUAGGGGUAUCGCAAGUUGUGUUUUCGCACCAAGGAGUUUGAUGCAUGUACCCUUCGUUCUAAGAUUUGGUACCUAGCUUAGGUAGAGGUCAUACUUGCAAGCAGUCCUAAGGGGUGCAUAAUUGCAGUAAUAUUUUUAGAUUUGGGGAUGAUUAUAAGUGCUAUCGUCUUUAUCGUUGCGAAUCAAUUAUUAAUUUGGCAAGUGGAGGGGAACUCUUUCUAUUAGAUAGUUGUUGUAUCUAUACCCGUGAAUAAAAGGGGGUGGCUAAAUGUGGCGCAGUACUCGCCCCUUAAAAUACCUUGGCAC